AAAACUGCCAUACAACGACUCAAGAAAACUUCUUUUUCCCCCAGAAUUUCCCUUAUAAACUCGAACCCAGAAAUACAGAACAACUUCAACAUCCCCGUCUGAGCCUCCUCCAGGCGUCCCCUCCUCUCACUUUCCCUCUUUCCAACGUUGAGCAAGAUCUGCGUCCAAUCAGACGACCCAACGCACGACUACUAGCACGUUUUAUCUCUGACUUCCCCUCGAUCAUCUGCGCCAAUCGAUCCCUAAGCCAUGUCCUCCAAAGCUGCCUCCACGAGGAAGAGGAAAGCCGACCCAGAGGCUCGUGACGAGCUCGAGGGUGAUGACAUUGUUCCAACGAAGACUACCAGGGCAACAACAUCAACAGCCGCUUCCAAGAAGGCGGAAUCUUCUAAACCUGCCGCGUCCGCCUCGACGUCCACUGCAGCUGCGCCAUCUAAUGGACCCCCGGAGAAGAGAAAGCGAGGUCGGCCGCCGAAGGUUCUCACGCCAGAGGAGAAAGCGGCGCGAGAGGCUAAGGCCAAUGCGCCCAAGAAACCAAGGGGUCGUCCACCCAAGAAACCCAAGGUUGCCCCUUCCGAGGCCAAACCAGCGUCCAAAUCAGGGGCCACCGAAACCAAGAAAGCUGUUGCAUCAACUGAGGCGCCUGGUGGCUCCGGUGACGACGCAUGAAUGUAUGCAUGACUCCAUUGCCGCCUCCUUACGUGCCAACAGUUUUCUAAGGCGAUACCACGCUUACUCCAUCUAUUGGUCUAACGCUCACUCCGUUAUCGUCCAAAGCAAUCCAUCUUCAUGAGUGCUGGUAAUCCUUUUUACUUCUUAAACCCAAAUCUGGCUGUGUUUUCCAGUUUCUGGUUGGACUCUCGGAGUGCAC